CUCGAACUCGGUGCGCAAUAAUGCUAUGGCGGCAUCUUCCUCCCGUCCCAACCCCAACCGUGCGGUGGCUUCCAAACGACGCCUCCGUCACCGCUUCGCCGUCGCCAUCACCCGAGACUAACAAGCCACCAGCCGCCCCCCACCCCGCACAUGCACUCGUCUGCUCCCACUUCGCCUCCUCGCUCCCACACACCCCAGUCUGUCUCCACUCCAGCCCACGCCACAGCCGUAACCACCGCUGAGCGCUGACUCCACCACCGCUCUUCCAUGGCGGCUGCCGACGACGAUGGCCAGAUCGACGACGACGAGUUCUACGAGUACAACCCGCACCCCUACGGCGGCGGCUACGACAUCUCCGCCACCUACGGCGCCCCGCUCCCGCCCUCCACCUCCACCUGCUACCCCAUCUCCUCCCCCGCCGGUGCCCCCGCGCGCUCAUCUCCACGUCCACCUGCGCCCGCGCCUGUUCCUGCUCCCGCCACGCCGCAGCCGGCACCAGCUUCGCCCGCGAAGCCCCGGCCGGUCCCAUCGCCAGAGCCGGCGAGGACACCGCCCUUUUCGCCGGUUCCGGUGCCAGUGCCGGUGCCUGUGCCGGUGCCGGUCGCGGAGCCGUUCUACUGGCCCAAGCCGCACGACUACGGGGACGCGCCCCGGUGGCCGCUGGUGUACCCCACGCCGGAGGUGUUCCGGCGCUGGCCGUACCUGGCGGCGGGGUCGCAUUGCUGCCACUCGCGGGGCGGGCCGCGCGACUACUGGAGGCAGUGCAUGCGCGGGCUGGACUUCCUCUUCGGCCACGCCGACGGGUACGGGGAGCGGCGGAUCGGGACCGACUGCCACGGGGUCCCCGUGUACGCCAACAAGAAGGGGGGAGUGGAGGACGCCGUGGUCGUCGAGGUGCCGCCGCCGGCAAUUGGGAAUGUGCAGUGGCACGACGCCGGUGAGGUGCCGGCAAUUGGGAAUGGGCAGUGGCACGACCACGCCGAGGUGCCGUCAACUGGGAAUGUGCAGUGGCACGACCACGGCGAGGUGCGUGGGAAUGUGCAGUGGCACGACCACGGCGAGGUGCAUGGGAAUGUGCAGUGGCACGACGCUGGCCAGGCGCACGAUCAGAGCAAUUGGCUAUCUUCAUACCACAAUGCAAAAGAGGAUACGUAUGCAUAUGCCCAUUCUACCUAUGGCUCAUAUGACACAUCCUACGAACAGUCUUACAGUGUUGAUGUUGUUCCGGAUGAACCUACCUGGUUUCCCAAUCAGAGCUACCAGGAUGUUUACAGAGAGGAGGAACCUCAGUGUCAGGAGGUUUUGCCCAGUUAUGGCAUAGAAAGUACAUUUUCAUCUCAACCUAUUUAUUGCUACAAUCAGCACACUGGUGAACAACCACUGCAUGUUCAGGUUGAGCCUCCGGAAACAUUUUAUUCUCACAAGCUGGAGUACCACGAGAAUUUCUCAACAUAUACCAACCAUAUUGAUAAUUCGGAGAUAUCGACACAGUCAUGUGAGAUACAGCCCUAUGCAUAUGUACCUGACAGCCCAGUUGAAGCUUAUCAACCUUCUUGGUCGAUGAAUUUGGGAUACUAUCAGGACUCUGCAGAAGAGGUGACUCCUCAGUAUGAUAAUCAGCAUGCUUUCGAAUCUGGUGAAUAUGGAGGCAUGGCAAGCAUAUUCUCGUCUUCCUCCUAUCCUCAGCAAGUAGAAGUUUAUGAGCAGUCUUAUGGUGAUGAGUAUGUCUCCUUACAACAAAAUUUCCUGAGCAACUGGAAUGCUUUUUCUGAAGAUACCUCUGAAAUCACUAAAUCAGUUGAUGAUUGCAACCAUCUGAAUGGCUCCUUCUGGCCCUUUGGAGAAUACUCAACAUAUACUGUAUAGUCUAUAAUGUUGUAAUUUCAGUUUAGUAUCAAAAUAUCAUAUACUCCCUGCGUCCCGAAAUAACUGUUGUAAUUUCACUUCAGGAUCACAUGUAUGGACAUUUUGAUUUAAUUUAUUUGGCCAAAUGUAAGUAGUAAAUAGCGUCAUAGGAGAAGUGUAAGUAGUAAGUUGUUUUUGCACGAUAUUGUGUACUACCAAAUAUGUGUUAGUUAUGCAUAAAUGCAAGGUAAUAACCGCA